UGAUCAUUUCCGGGUUUGCAGUUGUCUCUCGUCUUUCCCGCAGUGACUGCACUUCAGUCGCGGUCGGUUUUCCCCUCCGUGUGUGAGUCAGGACCCUGAGAGCAAACACAGAGCUGCCCGCUGUCUGCUUCGGGACGAGAAACCUCAGGGAACAUCAAACCAGUAAUUCGCUGACAUCAUGUCUAAGAAGGCCGGAAACCGCGGGCCAGAGAUGGAGGGGCUGUUGGAGGCAUCGAUCAUCCGGAUCCCUCCGCAUCACUACAUCCACGUCCUGGACCAGAACACCAACAUCGCCCGAGUGGAGAUCGGACCGCUCACCUACAUCCGCCAGGACAACGAGAGAGUGCUUUUCACUCCGGUGCGCAUGGUCAUGGUGCCUCCUCGUCACUAUUGUGUGAUCGCCAACCCCGUGGCCCGCGAUGACGACAGCCAGGUCCUGUUUGACCAAUCUGGACAGGCCAAGCUGCGUCACGCCGACCUGGAGAUCCGCCUGACCCAGGACCCGUUCCCCCUGUACCCCGGAGAGGAGAUGCAACAGGACGUGACGCCGCUGCAGAUCGUGUACCCCGACACGGCUCUGCGUCUGCAGGCUCUGCUGGACUUUGAGGUGGAGGGAGGAGAGAAGAGAGUAGCUGGAGACGAGUGGCUGUUCGAAGGACCGGGGACCUACAUCCCCAGGAAGGAGGUGGCUGUGCUGGAGACCAUCAAGGCCACGGUGAUCAGGGAGAACCAGGCCAUCAGGCUGAGAGCUCGCAAGGAGGGCAAGGACAGAACCGGAGUCAACAGAGUGACAGGUGAGGAGUGGCUGGUCAGUAAGGUGGGCGCGUACCUUCCAGGCGCGCACGAAGAGGUGAUUGACAUCGUCAACGCUUUCAUCCUCACUGACAAGAAAGCGCUGCACGUGCGCGCCCUGCGGCCCUUUAAAGACGCCGGCGGGCGUGAACGUCGCACCGGGGAGGAAUGGCUGGUCACCAUGGCUGACAGAGAGGCCCACAUCCCCUCUGUGGCAGAGGAGGUGGUGGGUGUGGUGGAUGUAACCACCCUGAGCAGCAGGCAGUACUGCGUGAUCCUGGACCCGGUCGGACCCGACGGGAAACCUCAGCUGGGUCAGAAGAGGGUGGUGAAGGGCGAGCGCUCAUUUUUCCUGCAGCCUGGGGAGCACCUGGAAAACGGCAUCCAGGAUGUGUACGUGCUGUCGGAGGAGGAGGGGCUGGUGCUGCGAGCUGUGGAGGCCUUUAACGACACCCAGGAGUAUUUUCCUCCAAUCCCGUCUCCUCCUCUCCCUCCCGCUCCCCCACCGCUCCAGUGCAUCACCACGUUAACCCUUCUCUCCGUCCUCCUCCUCUCUGUCUCCCGUUCUCUCUGCCAGCAGGAGGAAGACGAGGAGGAGGAGGAGGAAGAGCUGCAGGAGAGGGCCAAGCGCUCUCGCAGAAGUGGCACCCUCCGUCGCCCUGGAGACCGCUGGAUGCUGCGGGGCCCCAUCGAGUACGUCCCCCCUGCCACCGUGGAGGUGUUGCUGCGGCGCCAAGCCAUCCCGCUGGAUGAGAACGAGGGCAUCUACGUCAGGGACAUCAAAACGGGAAAGGUGCGCGCGGUGAUUGGUCACACCUACAUGCUGACUCAGGACGAGGAGCUGUGGGAGAAGGACCUUCCUCCGAACGUCGAGGCCCUGCUGGCCGCUCGUCUCGACCCGCUGGCCGACCGCUCAGACCGCGGCCAGCAGGCACCGGCCGCCCCGAGGGAGAAGACCAGGGUGGUGUCCUUCAGGGUGCCCCACAACGCCGCCGUGCAGGUCUACGACUACAGGGAGAAGAAAGCCAGGGUGGUGUUUGGACCGGAGAUGGUGAUGCUGGGACCCGACGAGCAGUUCACCGUGCUGUCGCUGUCCGGGGACAAGCCAAAGAGGGCCAACGUCAUCAAGGCCAUCUGCCUCCUGCUGGGGCCCGACUUCUUCACCGACAUCAUCACCAUCGAGACGGCCGACCACGCCCGGCUGCAGCUGCAGCUCUCCUACAACUGGCACUUUGAGGUGAAGUCUCGGACGGACACAGCCGACGCCGCGGCCGUGUUUUCAGUCCCCGACUUUGUGGGCGACGCCUGUAAAGCCAUCGCAUCGCGGAUCCGUGGAGCCGUCGCCUCGGUGCAGUUUGAUGAUUUCCACAAGAACUCGAACCGGAUCAUCUGCUCGGCCGUGUUCGGCUUCGAUGACAAGAUGCAGGUUCGCUCGAGUCUUCGCUUCAGCCAGAACAACCUGGUGAUCAGCAGCGUGGACAUCCAGUCCGUGGAGCCCGUCGACCAGCGCACACGAGAUGCCCUGCAGAAGAGCGUCCAGCUGGCCAUCGAGAUCACCACCAACUCCCAGGAAGCGGCUGCACGACACGAGGCCGAGCGUCUGGAGCAGGAGGCCCGGGGGAAGCUGGAGAGGCAGCGGAUCACCGACCAGGCCGAGGCGGAGCGAGCCAGGAAGGAGCUGCUGGAGCUGGAGGCGCUCAGCGCGGCGGUGGAGAGCACUGGAGCGGCGAAGGCUGAAGCUCAGUCUCGGGCGGAGGCGGCUCGGAUUCAGGGAGAGGCGGCGGUCAGCGAGGCCAAACUGAAGGCCGAGGCUCAGAGGAUCGAGGCAGAGGCGGAGCUGCAGCGCCUGGCGAAGGCUCGUGAGCAGGAGCUGAGCUAUAAGAAGGAGAUCGACCGUCUGGAGGUGGAGAAGCAGCAGCGGCUGGCUGAGAUUGAGAGUCAGCGCUUCAAGCAGAUGAUGGAGAGUUUGGGCAGUGAGACGCUGAAGGAGAUCGCCAGAGCCGGCCCCGAGAUGCAGGUGAAGAUGCUCCAGUCUCUGGGGCUCAAGUCCACCCUCAUCACUGACGGCUCGUCUCCCAUCAACCUCUUCACCACAGCCAACGGCCUGCUGGGGGCGCUGCCGGGUCAGGGACAGGCCCAGUGAGGAAGAGGAGGGGAACAGAUGUGAAAGUUCAACAUUGGAGGUCCUGACGGGGUUUUUUUCCACCUACCAUACAAUAUGUUAAAAUUCAAUAUUAAAGCGAUGUGUGCUGUCCGGAGGAAGUGAGGUGCACACGUGUCGGAGAACCCGCAGAGAAGAUGUUGUUUCACCGUCCUAGCGCUGACAGCCAAAGAUUUGUUCCUACUGAGCACUUUUUCUCCCAAAGCUAACGAGCUAAAAAUGCUGUUUACAGAUGUUGACUCUCUGGUGUGCGGAUGUCUCUGCCUUACAAAGUGCUGAUGUUCUUCCUUCUGUGGUUUUUUUGCUGAAGCAAUAUUAAAACUGACGUCC